ACUUCCGCCCCGAGAAGGCGAGGCCGCCACCAUCUUUUCGGUCCGGGAGUUACAAGACAAAGGGACUCCUGGUUCUCAGAGCUUCCCAUCUGCUCAUUUAAUCCUUGGGACAACUCUAUGAGUUAUGUCUUCUCAGAACUCUGACCUUCCCCAGAAGGAGCAGAAGAAAAUGACCAAGUUUCAGAGCACUGUGUGAGGACGGAGGUGAUUUUUCUGCAUUGGAAACAUGAAGAAACAGGAGGCAGUGACAUUCAAGGAUGUGGCUGUGGUCUUCACCAGGGAGGAGCUGAGGCUGCUGGACCUUGCCCAGAGGAAGCUGUACCAAGAUGUAAUGGUGGAGAAUUUCAAGAACAUGGUCGCAGUGGGACAUCUUCUCUUCAAACCAGAUAUGGUAUCCCAGUUGGAAGCAGAAGAAAAGCUUUGGAUGAUGGAAGCAGAAGCCCAAAGAAGUGGGUAUUCUGAUGAAAACUACGUGGCUGGCCUUUCAGGAAACAAGAAUCAACAUGAGAUGGAGACCCUUCGAAAAUUUGCAUUCAAAUACUUUUCACAUGAAGAGCUAUCCUGCUGGCAAAUCUGGAAACAGGUUGCAAGUGAAUUAACCAGGUGUCUUCAGAGAAAGAGUUCUCAAUUCCUGCAAGGUGACUCUGCUGAGGUUUCUGAAAAGGAGAACAAUAUAAUGAAUCAUAAAGGAGAUAGCUCUAUUUAUAAUAAAAAUCAAGAGUUUUCGAUUUUAAGAGCCCGGGAUUCUUGCAGGAAUACAUAUCUGAGUGAGUCACAGAAUCAGAGUAGUAGAGGUCAACAAAUUGACAUGAAAAAUACCUUGCAUAUUUGUGAAGACUUCAUGAAGAAAUCACCAUUGAGUGAGCAUAUUAAAACUGACACAAAACAGAAACCCUACAAAUGUAACGAGUGUGGCAAAAGCAUUAGUGAUGAUUUCAAACAGCAGUUACUCUUAGGAGAGAAACUCCAUCCAUGUGGUGAGGGUGGAAAGGGCUUCAGUUAUAGCUUAGUACGUCCCCUCCAUCAGAAUGUUCACAUAGGAGAAAAAUGCUUCAAUCAAAGCUCACAUCUGCAAACUCAUCAGAGAAUUCACCAAGGAGAAGAACUCGAUAGAUGUCAUGAAUCUGGUGAUUGCUUCAAUAAGAGCUCUUUUCAUUCUUAUCAGUCUAAUCAUACAGGAGAGAAGUCCUAUAGAUGUGAUAGUUGUGGCAAGGGAUUCAGUAGCAGCACAGGUCUUAUCAUUCAUUACAGGACUCAUACUGGAGAAAAACCUUACAAAUGCAAGGAAUGUGGAAAAUGCUUUAGUCAAAGUUCAAAUUUUCAAUGCCAUCAGAGAGUUCACACUGAAGAAAAACCAUACAAAUGUGAAGAGUGUGGUAAGGGCUUCGGUUGGAGUGUUAAUCUCCGUGUUCAUCAGAGGGUCCAUAGGGGUGAGAAACCUUAUAAAUGUGAGGAAUGUGGUAAGGGCUUCACUCAGGCUGCACAUUUUCACAUACAUCAGAGAGUCCACACUGGGGAGAAACCAUACAAAUGUGAUGUGUGUGGUAAGGGCUUCAGUCACAAUUCACCGUUAAUAUGCCAUCGGAGAGUCCACACUGGAGAGAAGCCAUACAAAUGUGAGGCGUGUGGGAAAGGCUUUACACGGAAUACAGAUCUUCAUAUCCAUUUCAGAGUUCACACAGGAGAGAAACCCUAUAAAUGUAAGGAGUGUGGGAAGGGCUUCAGUCAGGCUUCAAAUCUUCAAGUCCAUCAGAAUGUCCACACUGGGGAGAAACGAUUCAAAUGUGAAACGUGUGGAAAGGGCUUCAGUCAGUCCUCAAAGCUUCAAACCCAUCAGAGAGUCCACACUGGAGAGAAACCAUACAAAUGUGAUGUGUGUGGUAAGGACUUCAGUUAUAGUUCAAAUCUUAAACUACACCAAGUAAUUCACACUGGAGAAAAACCAUAUAAAUGUGAGGAGUGUGGGAAGGGCUUCAGUUGGAGAUCAAAUCUUCAUGCCCAUCAGAGAGUUCACUCAGGAGAGAAACCCUAUAAAUGUGAGGAGUGUGAUAAGAGCUUCAGUCAGGCCAUAGAUUUUCGGGUACAUCAGAGGGUCCAUACUGGAGAGAAACCAUACAAAUGUGGUGUAUGUGGUAAGGGCUUCAGUCAGUCCUCUGGUCUUCAGUCCCAUCAGAGAGUCCACACUGGGGAAAAGCCAUACAAAUGUGAAGUGUGUGGAAAGGGCUUUAGAUACAGUUCACAGUUUAUAUACCAUCAGAGAGGCCACACUGGAGAAAAACCUUACAAAUGUGAGGAGUGUGGGAAAGGCUUUGGUAGGAGCUUGAAUCUUCGCCAUCAUCAGAGGGUCCACACAGGAGAGAAGCCCCACAUAUGUGAGGAGUGUGGUAAGGCCUUCAGUCUCCCCUCAAAUCUUCGAGUCCAUCUGGGUGUUCACACCAGGGAAAAACUCUUUAAAUGUGAAGAAUGUGGUAAAAGCUUCAGUCAGAGUACACGUCUUCAAGCCCACCAGAGAGUCCACACUGGAGAAAAACCAUACAAAUGUGACAUAUGUGAUAAAGACUUCCGUCACCGUUCACGUCUUACAUAUCAUCAGAAAGUCCAUAGUGGCAAAAAACUCUAGAAAUGAGUGUAUUAUUGACUUUUGUCUCAAUGUACAUCUUCAAGUUUUUGGAGUCUAUACUGGUGAUAAGCCCAAUGAGAUAUUGAAAGUGGAAGAGAAUUUCUUCAGACUCAGAAUCUUUCUAAAAAAUUCAUCAAAAUGAUGACAUAGAACCGUAGUAACAGGAAUAGAACCCGUAUUUAGAGGAGGAAUAAAGAUAUAUGCCCCUCUUGGUAAGAUCCAAUUAAUAUAAAUGAUCAUCUUUCAAUGUGAAUGUAUGCCUGAAGAUAAUGUGUGAAAGGAUAUUUGCCAUAUGCCAAUUAGUGUUCUGUUUUUGGUCAGGGAGGGUUUUGGAUUCUUUUUCCUUUAACUUUUAUACUUACAGUGACUUUACUAAAGCUGUAAAGCCAUGAAAAUUGAUUAAAAUUACUGACUAAAAAGUUCCUGUAGCUAAGAACUCAUAAUAUGAUUAUUAUGGCAUAUAGGGCUAAAAUUAAGGAACAAAUCUCUGGAGAUGAAUCUUUGAUCUUCAAAAGUAAAUAUGUGCCCCAGAUAUAUAUAAAAGGAUGCUCAAUGUAUCAUUGUUUUAAUAGCAAACAUAGAAAUAAUCAGCUGGAUUGCCAAAGUAUUUUGUGGUUUACCAAUUUGGUGGGACACUAUGCAGACAUCAAAUGGGAAAAGGUAAAUUUUUAGCUAUGGACAUUGAAAGACGUUAAGAAAA